CCAAUCUCUGCUCUCUUUGUGCCUCUGAGCUCCUGAGUCCUGCUCUCCUCAGCCUGGUACACAUAGCACAGAGGCCAUGGCUGAGCGGGUGCUGGUGAUCGGCAGCGGAGGCAGGGAACACGCCCUGGCCUGGAAGUUGGCCCAGUCCCCGCAGGUCAAACACGUGUUUGUGGCUCCAGGAAAUGCAGGGACAGCUGACAACGGAAAAAUCUCCAAUUCAGCUGUUCCAGUCAGUGACCAUGCUGCUGUUGCCCAGUUCUGCAAGGACCAGGACAUCAGGCUGGUGGUGGUUGGUCCCGAGGUUCCUCUUGCUGCUGGAAUUGUGGAUGACUUGACAGCAGCUGGGAUCAAGUGCUUUGGCCCCACAGCAAAGGCAGCUCAGCUGGAGUCCAGUAAGAGCUUUACCAAAGCCUUUCUGGAUCGUCACGAGAUCCCCACUGCCAGAUGGAAAUCCUUCACUGAUCCCAAAGCAGCAUGUGCCUUUAUCAACAGUGCCACCUUCCCUGCUUUGGUUGUCAAAGCCAGUGGCUUGGCAGCUGGCAAAGGAGUCAUCGUGGCAUCGACCAAGGAAGAGGCCUGCAAAGCUGUCACUGAAAUCAUGCAGGAUAAGAGUUUUGGCACAGCUGGGGAAACUGUUGUUGUUGAAGAACUUCUUGAAGGAGAAGAAAUUUCUUGCCUGUGUUUCAGUGAUGGAGUCACCAUUGCUCCCAUGCCCCCAGCCCAGGACCACAAGAGGCUGAUGGAUGGAGACGAAGGCCCCAACACAGGAGGGAUGGGAGCUUAUUCCCCAGCUCCUCAGAUUUCUAAAGAUUUGCUGCAGAAGAUAAGAGAGACUGUUCUUCAGAAGACUGUUGAUGGCAUGAGGAAAGAAGGUGUCCCCUAUCUGGGUGUGCUUUAUGCUGGAUUAAUGCUCACCAAAGAUGGGCCUAAAGUUCUGGAAUUUAACUGCAGAUUUGGUGACCCAGAGUGUCAGGUGAUUCUGCCCCUGCUGAGGAGCGACCUGUACGAGGUUAUGCAGGCAGUGAUCAACAGGAGGUUGGCCAGCUCCAUGCCAGCCUGGAAAGAGGACAGUGCAGCUGUGACUGUGGUCAUGGCUAGCCAAGGCUAUCCAGGGGCAUAUCCCAAGGGCUUGGAAAUAACAGGGCUUGCUAAGGCCAAGCAGCUGGGGCUGGAGGUGUUCCACGCAGGCACAGCCCUGAAGGACGGCAGGGUGGUGACCAGCGGGGGCAGAGUGCUCACGGUCACGGCCAUCAAGGAGGACCUGCCCGCGGCGCUUCGGGAGGCCAACCUGGGCGUGGCUGCCAUCCACUUCCAGGGGGCCAUCUACAGGAGGGACAUUGGCUACCGGGCCAUAGCCUUCCUCAGGCAAUCCAGAGGCCUGACUUACAAGAACAGUGGGGUGGACAUUGAAGCAGGGAACACUUUGGUGCAGAACAUCAAGCCCUUUGCUGCAGCCACGUCAAGGUCAGGCUGCAGUGCAGAGCUCGGAGGGUUUGCUGGGCUCUUUGACCUGAGAGCAGCUGGUUACAGAGAUCCCAUCCUGGUGUCUGGCACCGACGGCGUCGGCACAAAGCUCAAGAUUGCACAGGAGUGCCAGAAACACGACACCAUCGGGCAGGACCUGGUGGCCAUGUGUGUCAAUGACAUCCUGGCCCAGGGAGCAGAGCCACUCUUCUUCCUGGACUAUUUUGCCUGCGGCAAACUCGACGUGGAAGUGGCUCAGGGCGUCAUUGCAGGAAUUGCUGAUGCUUGCAGGAAAGCUGGCUGUGCUCUUUUGGGAGGAGAGACGGCCGAGAUGCCGGGGAUGUAUCCCCCCGGCGAGUACGACCUGGCCGGCUUCGCCGUGGGGGCCGUGGAGAGGGGGCAGAUGCUGCCCCAGCUGGACAGGAUCACUGAGGGGGAUGUGGUCAUUGGGGUGGCAUCUUCUGGGGUCCACAGCAAUGGCUACAGCCUCGUGAGGAAGAUUGUGGAGAAGUCCUCCCUGGAUUUCUCCUCCCGCGUCGGCAUCUCCGGGGAUCAGACUCUGGGAGAGCUCCUGUUAACCCCAACCAAACUCUACAGCAAGACUCUGCUGCCCGUGCUGCGCUCCGGCCACGUCAAAGCCUACGCCCACAUCACUGGAGGGGGGCUGCUGGAAAACAUCCCCAGAGUUCUCCCAGAGUCCUGUGGUGUCGUUUUAGAUGCUCUCACCUGGAAGAUCCCUGAAAUCUUUUGCUGGCUCCACAAGGAAGGGAACCUCUCUGAGGAGGAGAUGGCUCGGACCUUCAACUGUGGGCUUGGGGCAGUGCUGGUGGUCCAGAAGGAGAUGGCCCAGCAGGUCCUCAGGGACAUCCAGGGACACGAGACAGCCUGGCUCGUCGGCAACGUGGUCUCCCUUCAAAAAGGCUCUGACAACGUUAAAGUCCUGAAUCUCCAUCGGGCCCUGCAAGCAAACAGAUCCCUGUGUGUGCACAGCCACAUCCAGGGCAAGAUCCAGGCAGGCAAAGUGAAGGUCGCUGUCCUCAUCUCUGGAACAGGCACAAACCUGGAAGCCCUCAUCAACAGCACGAAGAAAGACACCAGCUAUGCACAGAUAGUUCUGGUUAUCUCCAACAAAGCUGGUGUGGAGGGGCUGAGGAAAGCUGAGAGAGCUGGGAUUCCUACAAAGGUGAUUGAGCACACGAGGUACCAGAGCCGCACGGAGUUCGACAGCGCCGUGGACAAAGUCCUUGAGAACUUCUCGGUGGAGCUGAUCUGCCUGGCUGGGUUCAUGCGCAUCCUCUCGGGUCCUUUUGUCAAGAAAUGGGAAGGGAAAAUCCUGAACAUCCACCCGUCCCUGCUGCCGUCCUUCAAGGGAGCGCACGCGCACAGGCUGGUGCUGCAGGCCGGGGUCAGGGUGACAGGCUGCACCGUGCACUUCGUGGCUGAGGAGGUGGAUGCCGGAGCCAUCAUUUUCCAGGAGGCGGUGCCGGUGAAGCCGGGGGACACGGAGGCGACGCUGGCCGAGCGGGUGAAGGAGGCCGAACACAGGGCCUUCCCCGCCGCCCUGCAGCUCGUGGCCAGCGGCGCCGUGCGCGUGGGCGAGGCGGGCAAGAUCUGCUGGAAGUAGAUCCAGGGUGGCCUUGGCUGCGCCCUUCACCUUCCUCACAGGGUCGGGGAUUCAAAUCCCAGGAAUGCCGCCAGUGGGAAUCUCGGGGCCGUUCCCAGAGGGUGCAUCAAUGGCUCCUGUAGGGGCUUCCUAGUUUUAAUCACUUCUUUGGUUCAACAUUUUUGGUUCUCAAUCGCUUUCCUAACAACCCAAACGCAGCCAGGUGGAUCUGAGUGGCCCUGGAGUGGGCUCGGGGCUGUCAGGGCUGUUCCCUAACGGGGAACCCUCCUUGUGCUGGGAGGUGUAGCUGAGGGAAACUACAGUGGAAGAGAGACGAAAGCAGAAACCUCCACUCUAAAAACCUCAUCAAACCAGGAAAAACUGGCCUCCCAAAACACCAGCUAUUAGAUUUUUCUUCAUUUGCUUCCUGGUUUGAUGGUGGUGGAUCUUGUCCAGCCCAGGCCCUUGACACACCCUGUCAUUUCCAAACCUGAACCUGCUGUCUGUCAGAUGUCAGCAGGAUUCAGUGUCUGCUGCUCCUUUUUUCCUCAGCAUUCUCAUGUGAAUUCCCAUGAAUUCCCCUCAGCUUUGGGUUUUUAUUUUUCUACAUGAGCAGAAGGACCUGACACAAAACAUGACCUUGGCUUGUGAAACAUUCCUUAGGAAUUGUGAAGUGCCUUUAUUCUUGGACCAGUGUUUUCACCUGGAAUAACACUGAGGGACAUCCAGGAAUUAUGAACAUUUGGAAAACAAUUGGGGUUUUUGUGCAGCUCAACACUUGGGGUUUUCUUUUAAUAUUUUAAUAUAGUUAUGAAACCAUUUUAAUGUUCUUACUGAAAAGAUCAGGUUUCCCACACACAAAGCAGAUGAGGUGGUUUAGAACUCCCCUUUAACAUAGAGAAAGCUGAUUUUAUUCUGGGCUCUGAUAUCCUGAUGGUACUCCCAUGUUGGCAUAACCUCCUUUGGGAUUUGAAAUAAAGCCUAAUAAAGUUAAAAAAAAAAUUA